CCCAGCUCGAGCGUUCUGAUUGGCUGGAGUGAAGGGUUCGGCCUCCUCCGGGGGCACAGGCGCUACGGGAUGGAGGAGGUCUGGAACCGCAGUUGGAGCUACAGCGCACAGGGGCCGCGGCAGGAGUCCCAAGAGCCAUGUUGUCAGAAGUCCUACUGGUGUCUGCUCCGGGGAAAGUUAUCCUCCAUGGAGAACAUGCUGUGGUCCAUGGCAAGGUAGCACUGGCGGUGGCCUUGAACUUGAGAACAUUCCUGCGGCUUCAACCCCAGACCAGUGGGAAAGUGAGCCUCAACUUACCAAACAUUGGUAUUAAGCAGACUUGGGAGGUGGCCAGGCUUCAGCUGCUGGACACAAGCUUUCUUGAGCAAGGUGAUGUCACAGCACCCACCCCAGAGCACCUGGAGAAGCUGAAGGAGGUGGCAGGUCUCUCCGUGGAUGGUGUUGACACCAAGAACCUGGCAGUGCUUGCCUUCCUGUAUCUGUACCUGGCCAUCUGUCGGAAGCAGAGGGUGUUGCCGAGCCUGGACAUUGUGGUAUGGUCGGAACUACCCCCUGGUGCAGGCUUGGGUUCCAGUGCUGCAUACUCGGUGUGCUUGGCAGCUGCCCUCCUGACCACAUGUGAAGAGAUCAACAACCCAUUGAAGGAUGGGGAUGGUAUCAGCAGGUGGCCUGAGGAGGAGCUGAAGUCAAUUAAUAAGUGGGCGUUCCAGGGGGAGAGAGUGAUCCAUGGGAACCCCUCCGGCGUGGACAAUGCUAUCAGCACCUGGGGAGGAGCCCUGCGCUACCAGCAAGGGAGGAUGUUAUCCUUAAAGAGGCCCCCCACUCUCCAGAUCCUGCUGACCGACACCAAGGUCCCACGAAGCACCAAGGCCCUCGUGGCAGGCGUCCGAAACAGGCUGAUCAGGUUCCCUGAGAUCGUGGCCCCACUCCUGACUUCAAUAGAGGCCAUAUCCCUGGAGUGUGAGCGCGUACUAGGAGAGAUGGCAGCAGCCCCAGCCCUGGAGCAGUACCUUGUGCUGGAACAGUGUCCUGUUAUUGCUGCAGUCUCUGCCCCAUGUGGCAUUCCAGUGUGCAUCCCUCUAAGGAAUGAAACCAUCAAACCAGCCUCUUGGGGUGACAUCACAUCCUCCUUACCACCAUCUGUCUGGGAAGGAGAAGUCUGUCUUCACCAGCCUUUGGAAGAAAAGGAAUUACGUCUGAACUGAAGGACCAGUGGUAACACUGAUCGAUCCACAGCUUAAUCCGGUGGUUGAAACAGUAUGGUUGGGACUGUGUUUUUUGUGUCAUCUCUGACCAUGUGUCAGGUGGAUAGUUUUGGUGACCAGUGUCUAAGUUAACUAGUUUUAGUGGCUACAGUGGGAAGAGAUGGGGACCUGCUUGGCUGGCUUUGAUCACAUUCCCCAAUCCCCAUGUAGUCACAGGGCUGAGAUUAGUACUGGGCACAGUGGUGGGAGGAUGUACUCACCAGAUCCCAUGGCAGUCCUGCAGGGAGAGGGACACAGUGAGUUGCCCCCCAUAGCAGCUGCCGAGUACACUGGAGACAUGAAGUGGGUCAGGGCUUGCCUUGGGCAGACCAGGCAGGAAAAGGUGGCACCUUCUCUAGGAGCUAAUGGACAUGAACCAGCAUCAUCUGAAUGCCCUUGGAGUGGGCCAUACCUCUCUGGACCAGCUCUGUCAAGUCACGGCUGCGCAUGGACUACACAGCAAACUUACUGGUGCAGGUGGUGGUGGCUGUGGCAUCAC